AUGAGCCUGGCUCCAUCCUGUCACCUCUCAUUGCUCCUUCUGCUCGUUGCAAACCUAUCAGAUUCGUACGAGGACAGAAUCAUCGGGGGUGCAGAGGUACAGCCCUACUCCAUCAAGCACCAAGCCUCCCUCCAGUUCAUGAACUACCACUUCUGUGGAGGCACCCUCAUCCACCCGCAGUGGGUGGUGUCUGCUGCCCACUGCUGGAGACCGAGUCAGCUGAUCCAAGUGGCCCUGGGUGAGCACAACAUCAUCGAGGUGGAGGGCUUUGAACAGAGGUUCAACGUCUCUUUAGUCGUCAAGCACUACGAGUACCAACCCUGGAUAUUUGACAAUGAUAUCAUGCUGCUUAAGUUGGACCGUCCAGCUAUCAUCAACGCCAGGGUCGAGCCAGCCUCUUUGCCAGACCCAGACUCACCGCCCUUGGCCAACCUUGCCCGGUGCACAGUCAGCGGCUGGGGUGUAACCUGGCUCAACAGCUACAUGUUGUCACCUGUACUGAGGUCUGUGGAUGUGGACAUCAUCAACAACUGCUGGUACUACUACUACUUCAGGAUCACUAAGAACAUGGUCUGUGCUGGCUCUCUCUAUGGUGGGAAAGACUCCUGUCAGGGUGACUCAGGGGGACCUCUUGUUUGUAAUGGUAAAUAUGAGGGCAUUGUAUCUUGGGGCAUCGGCUGUGCCGAUGCUUACUACCCCGGCGUCUACACCAAGGUCAGAAACUACCUCGGAUGGAUCAACUGGGUCACACAGAACAACUAA